CUUCUCUCCCCCGAAUACCAUCUGAUUCUGACCUCUUUGACACAUUACUUAUCACCUCUCGCCUCAAAACCCUAUACCCAAUUCAGAUCUUCCCUUAUUCUCACAUCCCUAUUCAUUCAUGUAUCCAAACAACCCCAAUAAACUCCCGAUUCUAGCUUGACAUUCCAGUCCAUUGCUUCUGUCAUGGUAGAGACCCUAACUACGUCGUCUUCAUGGCGGUUCCACCACCACAGACUCGAACUCAAACGCUGGAUACCCACUUUCUUCUCGUCGCACAGAACCCUCUUCACAGUUCUCUGGAUCGUGGGCUUUGCCUCCGUUUUUCUAUGGCAAAGAAACAUCGUAGAUGGGUUAUCGAUUUUCCGGCGAGAUUUUCCGGUGAGGUCGAUGCCGAAACUCAGGCCGGUGGCGUUUAAUUUGACAGAUUUUGGCGGGGUUGGUGAUGGUCUUACGAUUAAUACGGAGGCUUUCGAGAGGGCUGUUUCGGCUAUUUCGAGGCUUGGGAAAAAAGGUGGAGGACAGCUCAAUGUGCCUGCUGGGCACUGGUUAACGGCGCCAUUUAAUCUGACUAGUCAUAUGACUCUGUUUCUUGCUGAAGAUGCUGUUAUACUCGGCAUUGACGUGAGUGAGCUUUUAGCUUUGAUUUUCCCUUAG